CAUCGGUGGCCUUCUCAUAGACUUUGAGAGAGAGACUGGGGACGGUAGGCCCGUCGGUUUAUUCUUGUCCUCCCCACUUAACCCCGCUAAACGUCACAAUCGGUCGCAAACGCGCAUCGAUAUCGGGGUAGAAAUAGUCCGUGAUCGCGAGCAUCUCCCUCAUGAAAAUCUUUGGAAAGUUCCAAUUCCUACAUAAACACGUUAAUCACAUUUCUGACCCGAUUGAACCCAUCACCCAACGGCAAUAACUAGAACCAUGUCAAAAAUCGCAUCGACCUUUUCGCGCCUUGUGCGCUUUGUCCCUAAGUCGAACCCGUCUAAGGUUCUGAUCGGCGAGCCGGUAGAUGCGCAACUUGACGUCGGAUUGGCUCUUUACCAGGGAAAGGAAGUCUCAGUGCGACCAUUCACCGGAGCAUCCGUCCUUAAUCCAGGCCAGAAGACAGAGUCCACUGAGAUCAUCAGCCGGAUCCUCUCCCCUUUGGCGCAGAAUGAGGUCGGGUCGAUUAGAUGUAUUGGGCUGAACUAUACCUCUCAUGCCGCCGAGAUGAAGCUUUCUAUCCCAGAUGUUCCCACACUGUUCAUUAAGCCAUCGGCAGCUCUCUCGGAUCCUUGGCCUGCACCAACCGUUCUUCCCAAAAUCACGCAAGUUGACAACACGGGCGACUAUGAGUCUGAAAUGGUUAUUGUUAUUGGUCGCGAUGCGAAGGAUGUUAGCGAAGCUGACGCCCUGGAUUAUGUCCUUGGAUACACGGCAGCGAACGAUGUUUCAAGCCGCACGUCACAGAUGAACCAGAGUCAAUGGUGUUUCUCUAAGGGAUUCGACACCUCGUGCCCAAUUGGUCCGGCCCUCGUUUCUGCGGCAUUGUUCCCAGAUGCCAGCAAAUUCCAGAUCCGCGGCCUGAAGAACGGCAAGGUGCUGCAGGAUUGUCCUCUAACGGACUUGAUCUUCAGCGUGCCCAAGCUCGUCAGCUUUCUGUCUCAGGGAACAACUCUGCCAGCAGGAACUAUUAUCUUGACUGGAACUCCCCCUGGCGUGGGUGCUGCAAAGAACCCGAAGGAGUUCUUGAAGGAUGGAGAUGAGUUCGCCGUUGAAUUGCUGCCUCACGUCGGAACUCUGGUGACGAAGAUUGAAAACCAGAAAUGAAGCUGUAGUUGAGACUCACUAGGGCGCAUUGUGGGUGCUUAGGAAAUAGAUAUGC